AACGCUUUUCUCACCUUGACGCUAACUGGACGGUAACGUGCCGCAGCCUGUGCGGUCGCAUAGAGAGGGAGCAGCUCCUGGCCGCACUUCUCCCGAUGUCCCACCGGACACCGACGGCGGCCUCGCGGAGCAGACGUAGCAGACGGACGGACAGCGGGACCGCGACGCACGGGACUCACCGGGAACAUGGCGGCGGCGGGAACAACAACCUGCUCGGUACCGUAGCGACGAUAAAUCAGAGGAACGACGCGGCUGGCGGGCUGGUAACGGAGGAGCAUCACUUAACACAGAGGCAAUGAGGGGAAACCUGAAGGCAGCAGCUCAUCUCUAAGCAACAACAGCAGCAACACAGCGUGCAGCACCACACACCAUCAUGGGCUACAAGAUCCCCGGGGCAGCGAUGGACAGAGUCAGCCUGCUGUGGCGUCUGAGGCGUCGGGCUCGCCGUGGAGCAGUCUGCAUGGCCUUCUUCUGCAUCUCCAUGGCUCUGCUCUACGCCCUCUGCGCCGAAAACAGCGUGCCCGUCACCGACGCCAUCUUCGGGGUGCGGGCGCGAACCCGGGCUCAGCCUCGCACGCACUCCGUCAUCAAGGUGCUGCGAGGAGGAGCCAAGCCCAUGUACAUUGACCCUCAGAAGCUCCCAGGUGUCGUCCCAGGUGACCCUCACCGUCCAAUCCCCGUCCUCUCCUCUCUGAACCGCACCCAUGAGGAGUCGGCAUUGAAGCGGAAGUCAAGGGAGCGGGAGCCCUCCGGGUUUUUCGCUCACCUGCUGCCGCGCCCCUUCACGCGAGCGCUGGAGACCCUGUUCGGAGGCCGGCGGAGGGGGGAGCUGAGCGGCAGAGGGGGGGACGCGGAGUUCUUCGGGCCUCACGGGCUCCUGGGUGAGGUGUGGGACGAUGAGAUGUCCAGUAACAUGCUGGGAAGCAGACUGAGGAAGGUGGUGCAGAACUAUCAGGCGAUGAAUAAAUACGGAGUCGAGGUUUCCGGUCCCGGCGGUGUGUCCAGCAGGCCGAAACUGAGCCGUCCAGAGCUUCUCUGCCAGCUGAAGGACAAGGUAGAGGUCGCCACCUUGACCCCUGACCUCCAGCCCUUCUCCUCACUGCCCUGGGCCGCCCAGCUGCCACUGAAGCCGCUGACCUCUGACCUCGGGCCAUACAAGAGCUGUGCCGUGGUGUCGUCGGCGGGGUCGCUCCGCUACUCGGGACUUGGCAAAGAGAUAGACUCCCAUGAUGCCGUGCUUCGCUUCAACGCCGCACCGACUGCCGGCUACGAGAAGGACGUUGGCUCUAAAACCACAAUCCGCCUCAUCAACUCACAGGUGAUGGCGUCUGAUGAACAUCGUUUCCUGUCCAGCUCUCUGUACAGCUCAGGUGUUCUGGUGGCCUGGGACCCCGCCCCCUUCUCUGCUGACCUCACUCAGUGGUACAACAGGACAGACUACCCCAUCUUCGUCCAGUACCAGAGAUACAGGAGGCUUCAUCCUCUGCAGCCUUUCUACAUCCUGCAUCCUCGCUUUGAGUGGCAGGUGUGGCAGAGAAUACAAGACAACAUGGCUGAGCCCAUCCAGAAGAACCCGCCCUCCUCAGGCUUUCUCGGCACCGUCCUGAUGAUGUCGCUGUGUGAGGUUGUGCACGUGUACGAGUUCCUGCCGUCGCGGAGGAAGACAGAGCUCUGCCAUUACUACCAGCGUUUCUACGACGCUGCCUGCACGCUCGGCGCCUACCACCCCCUCCUGUACGAGAAGAACCUGGUGAAGCGGAUGAACCAGGGCUCCGACCGCGACAUCUACAAGAACGGACGCGUCACGCUGCCCGGGUUCAGCAAGCUGAACUGCACCCAGGUUGCUGCAGGUUCAAACGACCACUGACUUGAGGAGAGCAGUGAAGCAAAGCACACACACACACGUCAACACACACGAUGCAAAGCAGAACCCUGCAUGACAAAAACACAUAGUGAUGAGGACAAGACGCAUGAAAACUUCAUACUCACUGCCGAACAAAAUGAACGCCGUGCCACUCAUUAUAAAUAUUACAUGUUGUUACCACACACUGUAAACACUGGAAGACACACACAUAUACUGGAGUCCAAUCAACUGAUGGAUGUGCCUGCUGUUCACACACACACACACACCACACAUACAUACAUACUUAUGAGGACAUUCCACUGUUUCCGUCCUAAGCUCAACCCUUAAGGGACCAUACUGCUGUUUUCAAAGGUUUUAGCCCGCUAAUUAAAAACUGUGUACUUCAUAUUACUGCCAAACAUUUUCUAAAGCAGUGUGCACUUGUGGGCCCUCAUCAUUGGUUGCUUUACUAAGUGGGAAAGUCAACAUAAUGCUGCUGCAGAAAUAUAUUUAUUUUUAGUUAUCUUGUAACCUCUUAAAUUUGUCCAGGGACGCAUAUUUCUGUCCAAACUCGAUCUGAGUCAGAGCAAGUGGUGCAUUUAAUGUACGCUGGGGCACUGAGUUUGUGUUACCUUGUCAUGCACAGCUUUCCUAUUUACCCUGAUGUGUGGGCACCUUGUAAAUGACGUAGAUUGUUUUAACACACACACAUUAUGCAAAGUUAUCAGCAGUUAAUAGUUCCAAAGUCAAAUGUUCACUGACUGUUGUUCAGCCGACGUGACUGAACCGGAUCCAUAAUUUCUAAAUUUAUGUCCAAACCCGGAUAACCGACCUGAGCCUGAUGGGACUCAACAGGUCGGCUAUUUCUCCAUUGAUUUUCACUCUUCCAGACAAAAAUCAGUCCCACGCGCUGUCAAGAAUUAAAUUUCUUUUCUUUAAAAGGUUCAGUAAGUUACUAAAAUAGUUUUAUUCGUUGAGGACUAUUUUCAGUGGUGGAUUAAUCCACAUUUGGUGCCCUAGUGAGUAUUAUCCUGUGCAUUUUUGCAGCUUAUACUUAAAAUAGUCUCUUUUUGGCAACCAAAUGGUGAUUAAAAAAUGUUGACAACUUAACAUUUUCUAUAAUCCCUUUGAAAUCUGUACAUAAGUAAUAUUAGGUACACACAAUUAAUGAUUUCUGGACUGAAACAUGUAAAACAACCAGUAUGGUCCUUCACCCUCAUUCCAUCCUUAACCCUAAACCAAACCAAAGUCUUACACUGAAUUCUGAAGGGGUGAGAUUUGGCCAAAUGGACGUCAAUUAUAAAAAAUGUCCUCACUAUAUGACAGAAAUCCACCAUUCAGACCUGUUCAGACUAGAGAGGUCCUUUACCUUUUCAGAAAUGUGUGUAUAUAUUGUUACUUUGGAAAGCUACUCUUUUUUUUUUUGUUGUUUCUUUUGUUGGGUGUUUGGAUGGCAGCUGUUUCACUCUGAGCUCUGUUUAAGGUACUCAACAGGCCUGAAAGGAGCUGUAGAGUAAUUUAGUUUUUUCUUUGUUUAAUGGCAGAGGGCGCCAGUGAAGUAACACAGUGAAGUAAGGAAGGGUUGAGUUUUUAGAUCAGUUUCUGGAUCAGUUUUUUCACUGCCGAUUCUGCUUCCCUAACAUCUGAUCACAGGACCAAUCUGACUCAUCUCAGUUUUAACUUUGACUUCAUAAAGACUUACAAUCAGCCUGUCUCAUCUUUGCACUUUACAGUAUGAAAAAGACAGGAAAUAUAGCUGCUUUUCUUUGGUUUCAUACUUUUUUCACUUGUUGCUCUGGGUUUUAUUUUUAGGGAAUUUUUACUGCCCUAUUUUCAGGGCAUUAAAAGCAUCUCUUCAAUCAGCGGGCUCCUGUGGCUUGGCCAAUAUAAACAAAACUGAAAAACAAGUUGCUGUAGUGGAAAAGGCCAACAAGAUUCAGCCAGUAGAAGCAUACAAGAUACAAGAUGCAGCAUGUAAAUCAUCCUUUGGAGUUGUUGGGAGGUGUGUUUUUCACUUCUGAUGAAACUCGGCCAGCUGUUUCCAACCGAAUCAAACUGAUAUCCAUCUUCUCUGGAGAACACAACAGGAAGACGUCAAUAAAAUGUUGGACUGCUCCUUUAAGAAGCCUGUGGAGGGCGUGAAGUGGUUGGAGAGUGACCACGUAUACUCAUACCUGCAUACGCACCUCACUGAACCUAUUUAUCGAAGAAAAUACUGCCUGCAGAUGACUUGACUCCCAACUUCUUACCUUAUCUUACCAGUAAUCAAAUGAUAUGUCCAUCCUCUAACAAGUUUAAAGAAACUAAUAUGAAUUUUCUACCCACUUUGUCAACCCUGUAACAACUUAUUCCCAGUGACCUUUUUAUAAUCCGUACAUAGUGUAUAUAUUAUCACAGUAAUACCUUUGGGGAUGCUCUUUGGGGUGAUUUUAUUUCUACAAACAUUCAUGUGGUCACUUGGCUUCACUGUAACAUUUCUGUAGAAAACUCAUAUGUAACAUCAAAAAACUUGGACUGUAUGGCUGUUCUUGGAAUAAUUUCUUUAAUGUCAAUAUCCUGAAAUCAUGACUUAAUUAUUUCCUCAUCUCAAGAUUACUAAAAUCAUUUUCUGAGGAUAACAGUUUAAUUUAUCUCAUUAUCUCAAGAAAUCACCCUCAAGAAAUCAUCUUGUUAUUUGUCUGAGAGUUGCCAAGAAAACAAAAGGCUGAUUUCUCAAUAAUGAGAUGAAUUAACCCCUCAUCAUGAGAAAAUUAGCUUUGUUAUCUUGAGAUAAGAAAAUAACUAAUUUGUGAUCCUGGACGGAAUCAUAAGUUUCUAAUGAAAUUACAAAAUGACUGUAAAUACAGCCAUUCUUGGCUUCAAUAAGAUAACAACAACUGUGACAAAGAAAUUUUAUAUAACUUUCCUGUUAGAAUGUUAACAAGAUGUGUUAGUAGUUUUGUGAUGACGAGAUAAAGUGAAAUGUUGCAAAAAGCAAAACUUCUUUUAAAAAGAAAAUAAUUUGGUAUCUAAUAAUACAUCAUUAGAACCUGAAAAACAUUUUCAACUUCAUUACACAUCAUUUCAUUGGAAGAUUUAAACUUCAUUAGUUGAAACCAGUUUUUCUCUCUGGCUAUGUAAAAGCUAAAAUGCAUGAAUGAGAGAAGGAAAUAAUCACCAUUCAAAUCUCAGUGUUUUUCAUCUCUGGUUCUGCUCAUCACACUAAAGAACAUCCUCAGGGUCAUGCUGACUUUUAUUCUACUAUUACUGACGCAUGUGAACCAGCUGUAAAUGUUUUCUCCAAACUAGUGUAGCAAGAAGAGAAAGCGAAAACAAACUACUCUGAUAAACAGAGAGAUUAUUCGCAUGGCACGAAUGCAGCUUUUACUUCUUCAUUUUCUCUCCACUGAACGUGGUCACUGAUGUGAAACAGGCAUAUUGUUAUUUGUGUCAUCACAUGUGAGCCAGGUCAUUUGCAUGCAAACAGAGACCCUGAGCCUGGAUUAGACAAUGACUGUGAUGCUCCCUGAAGGAUGAAUUUUAUGUGUAAAUAAAAUGCUGGCAAAACAUCUUAAAUUUGGUUAUUGACCAGGCAAAGCAGGAAACUGCACUAGAGGUCCCAGGCUGACUGCUUGUUAAACUGUUUUGGUAGUUUGAUUAAUUGCAAAUUUGUCAAGGAAACUGUGUCAUUUAAGUACAAAAUUACUUAAGGCAGGUCCUGCAUUGUUUGCUAAAGCUUGACAAAUACUGUACUGUGUUAUUAAUCUUGUGUAGUGGGAGUUAAUGCAACACAGUUGUCAAUCACAGCCAUCGAUCGUGACGUCACAUCCUUCUUUUUAGUUUGGCUCGUAUGUGACGGUAAGAACAACCGACCGAUAUGGAGUUGGAGGAGUUGUCGCUCAAAUGUCUGCCCAGCUUUACGUUGUAGCGAACUCCUUAUCAAAAUCUAGUUUUCACACCUUUAUUUUUCGCUUUAUAUUGUGCAGUUUCCUAAAUAAAAUAGUAUUUAAUCAGAUUACCACAAACUAACUAACACAGAGAACAUCCUGGGGACUGGAGGUGUUGGCAUCAUGGGAGAACUGGUUGUACUGGUUGGUCUUGGAGUCUGUCAGCACACACUGUGUUGAAGCUUAACGAAUCAGAGCUCAAGCAAAGUCUCAGAGUAACAAAAUGUCUCUGCUGUUGUUUUUCUAAUCAUUUUUGUUUCAUGUUUUUUUUCUAUCAGGACUUUAUUGUUUAUUCAGAAGGCAAACACUUGAAUAAUUGAUGUCAUUGCAUUUCAGAGGAAAACUAGGAGAACAUUUUCUCCCUAUGCAGUCGCACUCUCGUCCCAACUCCUGCUCCUUUUAAUUUCAGCCAUCACUGUUAUUUUAUGUGAAAGCUUCUGGCGUUUCAUUUUAGCUUGCAGAUGCACUUUUUCCUCUGCUUUGCCUUCGUCCUCUUGGUUUCUGAGAGGGUUGGUUAAGCUGUUACUGUGGUUUCAUGUGGUCACUGUGGUUUCAUGUGUCUUAAUUUUUGGCACUGAACUUUGUGACUUGAUGUGAGAACAAAAAUGCCCUAGAAACAUACAACUGAGCAUUACAUGUUUGUUUGUUUUUUUGUUGUUGUUUUUCUAAGAUGUGAACUCUUCGUGCCGCUACAUGCUAAAGCCACAGUUCAGUUUUCUUUUAAAUUGUAAAAGCCAAACACACGGAUUUCUUGUUCUGGUUACAUGAUGUAAAACCUGUGUAAUAAUUUAAUACAGUGGUUCCCAACCUGAGGCUCUGGAUCCUCAAUAGCAAGGAUGUAAUUUCCAGCAGGGAAUCAUCCCAUUUACAUUUUAGUUUUAAACUGCCCCUUCUUCUUGGUGCAGGAGGCCUGCAGACACAACUCAGGGCUGGAAAAGUCCACAACCCUCUACAUUUUUCUGUUAUUUUGUGUUAUUCAAUUAUUGGUGAAUACUUGGAAUAUUAUAAUGAUAACCAAUUUAAUUUAAUGUAUUUUUUCCUAUUACUUUUACAUAAUUAUUCUGUUUUGUUGUUGUUCUAGGAUUUUGUUUCCUUGUUUGUUUUGUUGUUUAUUCGUUUGCCACUUAUGAAACCAAACUUGCGCCUUUGCUAAUUUGGCUCACAAGGUGAUUAAAGGGAUAAGGUUUAAAAAUAUGGUAAUUGCACAAAAUUUGUUUUUAUGUUUUGUGACAAUCUAGAGUUACAGCCUCGUGUUUGUAUGUCUCCAACCAGACCAGUUGCAGUUAUGUCCAAAAAGCUGCAGUCCCAGUGAACAUUUGAGCCAGACUUUCCCUCAAGGCGCUCCUGACAUACUGGACAAUAAAAUGACUGUUUGGUUUCACACAGCUUCUGUUCUGAACCAAUUUAACCAGCAAUUAAAAGAUUAGAUGCUGUUUUAUUUAACAAGCCAAAAAAGGUUGGGAACCACUGAUGGGACAUCCUCACUCCCUGAAUAUUACUUUUCACAUCCACACAGGAUGAAACAUGGAAUGAUUGUGCAUUUGUUUUCUUAGCAGUUUAUUAUUAAUUCUGCAUGAAUCAGACUCCAGAACUGAAGGUGGAAAUGUUCAAAUCAAGAAUCUGCUUCUAUCGGAUCAUCAUCAUCAUCUUUAUUAACAUUAUCGUCGUUGUAUUUUGACAAUUCCUCGUCGUGUUACAAACUCUGUCAGUGAACUGUUUACACACAGUCUGGUUAAUGACUUAAUGUUUCAGGUGUUGCCAUUAUUCAGCCAUUUUAUCUGUGUUUAAGCAGGAGGGAGUGAAACACCUCUCAAUGAUGGGAUGAAAAAAUACAUGUAUUUAAAACUUAAAAACCAAGGCAAUCGAUCAAUAAACAACUGACAACAACAAAAA